GAUAUAAAUUCCGGGUGCGCUCGCUUAUCUCCAGCUGAAAGCUGCUGGACUCUGAGACUUGUGGACACCGAGGUCCGACACUGUUGAACCUGCCGAGUCACUGCCAAAAAACCUGCGAAAAUGGAGUGGACCCCGAUGGAGAUCAACCCCGAGAUGCUGAAUAAGAUGAUGAGCCACCUCGGUGUGGGGGAAAGCUGGCGCUUCGUUGACGUGCUGGGUCUGGAGGGCGAGCAGCUGUCCGACGUCCCGAAGCCAUGCUGUGCCUUGAUGCUGCUCUUCCCCCUGACGCAACAGCACGAGACUUUCAGGGCUCAGCAGGCCGACAAGAUUGUCGGAGGCUCCGAGGUCUAUUUCCUGAAGCAGACGGCAGUCAAUUCCUGUGGCACCAUCGCCCUGCUGCAUGCUGUGGCCAACAACAACGGCAAAUUGACUUUCGAUAGUGACUCUGCCUUGAAGAAGUUUCUAGAUGAGACUGCAAACAUGUCUCCUGAUGACCGUGCCAAACAUCUUGAGAAGAACAAGGCAAUUCAUGAGGCCCACAAUGAGGUUGCAGUGCAGGGCCAGUGUCGGCCCGAAGCUGACAAAGUCAACUUUCACUUUAUUGCCUUUGUCAACGUAAAGGGACAACUGUAUGAGUUUGAUGGAAGAAUGAACGGAGCAGUAAAGCACGGUGCUACCACAGAAGAUUCCUUCGUAAAGGACGCAGCCAAAGUGUGUUGUGGAUUCAUGGAGCGAGAGCAGGGUGAGGUGCGCUUCUCCGCGGUGGCCCUGUGUCAAAGCUAGACGCUCAGGAGGACCGCGAUGUUAAAAGUCUUGGAGCGUUCACAUGGCAAACACAAUCAGCAGGCGCCCAGAGAGGCCUGUGAGCACACACAUCUGCAGACACUAUGCACUAUAGAGCACACACGGUUUCCACACAUUUCUCUCUCUCUCAUCUCAUGAACAAAGCAUUCUUUAGCAUUCGCACAUGUACACAAUCAAAACCUUUUGUUCUGUAAACACUAACCGGUACAGGCUUGUUCAGAAAGCUUUAUGUGCAACAAUUUAGCUGUGAAAAUUGACCGAUCACACCGCUGCAUGUGUGCAUAUGUGUAUUUGUCUUUUUGCUACUUAUUUUUGUGCAUCUGUGUCAAACUCUUAAGAUGACGCUUAAAUGCCUCUUUAAUAAGACUCACUAGGUGGAAACUUGUUUGAGGAAACGUUUUCUUGUUUCUCUCGAUGCCUUUAGUUGCUCAGUAGUUGAGUCUUCUCCGGAAAAAGUCCCCGAGUGUAUCCGUAGGAAUAAUUUAACCAUUGUUCUGAUUAUGCUCGUAACCUUUUGAGUGGCGUUCUUGGGUGCCGUUAUGACGCUUUUUCUAACAAGCCGAGGUUUUGUUUGUUUGAGAUGUUUGAAUUUAAAACGACAGAGGAUAACAGUCGUCUUCUGUGUCAGGUUCCAAGAAACGAGAAGUAACGCACUUUAUUUGAACACUUUUUAGUUAACAAUCAACAGUCCGCCACACAGAAUCUGAACCCAAAAAAAAGGGACCAUCCAGUUAAAGAUUUACUGUCUGUUGAAUUGUUGUUGUGCAUUGCAGGGUGAUUAGUACGUCCAGGCGGUGUUCAAAUUGUUUAUCGUUCUGCACUUUCCAAAUUAUGUGUUGCUGUAGUUUUACUGGUAAUGCUGCUGUGGGAGUUCAAUAAAGCAACAGUUAAACUCA